AUAAACGGCCCCAAGUGCCCUUAGCUCUAGUUUCGCCGACGAAAUGUCCGCCGACGAGCAGCGGCGCACGUGCUGCUGCAUCGCCCAUCAGUUUUACUCCGCCGCCGCCAAAACUCCCGGCAAAAUCUCCGUCAUCCACGCCGGCGGCAAUCAAAGAUCUGAUCUUUGCGGACUCGGCCGCCCUCGGGUCUCCUCGUUCCCGCAGGUCUACGACAGCGAUGAGCGCUUCACCUUCGGCGACAUACUCUCGGCAGUAGAAUCCUUCAGCCGCCGUAUCCGCCGCGUCCUCGACGGCGGCGAUGAUCCCGACCUUGUCAGGCCCAAUGAUUCUUUUCGUAGUGACCACGACAUGCAUCAUUCACAAGAAAUUACAAACGCGGCAUGUUUCUUUAGCGAGAGCCCUCGGAUAGUGGGAGUUCACAUACACCCUUCUGUGGAAUACAUUGUAGCAGUCCUAUCAAUUCUGAGGUGUGGGGAGGCAUUUUUGCCAUUAGAUCCCACAUGGCCUCAAGAGAGGAUAAUGUCAAUUGUUUCUUCUUCGAGAACUAGUCUCAUUAUUGGAUGUUCAGUGUUUAGCUCAAGGGGAAAAACUUCGAGAUCAGAUGUUGGUAAUUGGAUUGUUGACAGGACUGGCUGUUCUGUUCUUCAUUUAUCUAUGGGAGCAGGCCCUAAAGACAACUUUGUUCAGUCGGGUCUAGUCUGGCCGUGUGAAAGUAGAAACCCGAGAAAAUUUUGUUAUCUGAUGUAUACAUCUGGUUCAACUGGAAGGCCGAAGGGUGUUUGUGGCACUGAAACAGGGCUUUUGAACAGAUUUUUGUGGAUGCAAGCUCAGUUCCCCCUUGGGGGAGAGGAUAUUUUAUUGUUCAAAACUUCCAUCAGCUUUGUUGACCAUCUGCAGGAGUUCCUAAGUGCUAUUUUAACUAGCACCACGCUCAUUGUUCCUCUGAUUAAUGAGUUAAAAGCUAACCCUUCACACAUUGUCAAUUUGAUUAAGGCAUAUGGCAUUUCUCGAUUGACUUGUGUUCCGACAUUGAUGAGGACUAUCAUUCCUUUUGGGACCUCACCUUGGAUGCCUGUUUGCAAGUCCUUAAAGCUGUUGGUGCUUAGUGGGGAAAUUCUGUUUAUAUCUUUAUGGAAAGUUCUGCAAGAGCUCUUGCCUGAGACGACUAUCUUAAAUAUGUAUGGAAGUACAGAGGUAUCAGGUGACUGCAUGUAUUUUGAUUGCAAAAAUCUACCAAGUAUCUUGGAAGCUGAGUCACUAAGUAGUGUGCCUAUAGGACUACCAAUAUAUAAUUGUGAAAUUGAUCUUGUUGGUGAAAAGGACGUGCCUGAUGAAGGUGAAAUAUCUGUUAAAGGGGCAUGUGUAUUUUGGGGCUACUUUGGCGAGCCUCUUACUGCGAAUGCUAUAAAAUACGAUGCAAAUCCAUUACAUUUCAGGACAGGGGAUUUCGCAAAGCGCUUAAAGAGUGGUAAUUUUGUCUUUCUUGGGAGAAAAGAUCGCACUAUAAAGGUCAGUGGGCAGCGUGUGGCCUUGGAAGAGGUUGAAAAUGCUAUGAAGGAACACCCUGACGUGAUCGAUGCUGCUGUCACUUGUGAAAAAGCUCAUGGAGAGCUCUUUUUUCUUCGAUCAUUCUUUGUGAUGAAAACUACCAAGAAAUUGCAGAAAGGUUAUGCAUCUGAUGUAGACCAAAAGCAUGUUGAAGAACUUAGUGCUUCUAUUAGGGAUAAUUUAGUAAAGAAGUUGCCCUCAGCAAUGAUUCCUAGACAUUUUUUCUGUAUUGAGCAGCUGCCCCUGACUUCUUCUGGGAAAAUAGAUUAUUCCAUGCUGUCAAAAUCACAGUACAUGCCAAUAUUGAAUAGGAUUGAAUAUAAGAAAUCUAUUUCUUCUGGAGCUCAUUUGCAACUCAUUAAAGAGGCAUUUCGUGAUGCACUUCUAGUUGAAGAAAUUUCGGAAAAUGAUGAUUUCUUCCUGAUGGGUGGUAACUCAAUUUCUGCUGCCCAUGCUGCUCAUAAGUUGGCGAUAGAUAUGAGAUUGCUUUAUGCCUUUCCUACCCCACUUAAGCUUCUGCAUUGUGUAUUACAUCAAGAAAAUCUACACGAAAGUUCCAUCAGCCACAGUCCUGCUGUCAAAAGAGCCAAGGUACUUGAUGACACACUGCCUCAAUUUGACAGGUCAAAAGAGCUACCUGGAGAGUUGUUGCUUGAAGAUAAUGGAAAGGGAACUCUUGAUAUUUGUAGGCAACUUGAUGCAAAUAAAAAAAUGAGCCACCUCGAGCAACAUGACAACUCACUCUUUAGUGUUGGUUCUGUGACUGUGCACUCUUCUUUACUUCCAGCUUCACAUGGGAUGGAGUCACUUUAUGGUCACACUGAUGUAUGGAUUACAGAUAUGUGUUUACCUUUCGGAUAUUCGCUUAGUCGCUGCAACCAAAUCAUGACUUCGGGUGAAAGAGAAGUAAAUAAUGCUCAUCAAGUAUGCCCACUAAUCAAAAUUCCAAGAUGUACAAAAGGGUGUCUGCAAGAACAGUGGAAGGUCUUGCUCAAGUCGUGUGUUGAUGCUUCACCAUUGGUUGUAUAUAAAGAUGGCACCAUAACUCUAUAUAUUGGAUCACAUUCACACAUAUUUUUAUGCAUUGAUGCUGUCAGUGGUUUUAUGCGGUGGGAGGUCAAGUUAGAAGGCCGUAUAGAGUGUUCAGCAGCAAUAACUGGAGAUUUUACCCAUGUGGUGGUUGGAUGCUAUAAAGGGAAAAUUUAUUUUCUCAAUAGCAUGACCGGCAAUAUAUCAUGGACGUUUCAAGCAGAUGGAGAGGUUAAAAUGCAGCCAGUCCUGGACAAAUGCAGAAACUUAAUGUGGUGUGGUUCACAUGAUCAUUGCUUGUAUGCCCUAGAUUAUGUUAAACGUUGUUGCAUUUACAAAAUCUCAUGUGGCGGGAGCAUUUAUGGUUCACCUUCAAUAGAUCUGGUACAGAACAUGAUCUAUGUGGCAUCUACAAGUGGUCGUGUGAUUGGAACGUCAAUAAAGGGUGUUCCAUUCGAGGUGAUUUGGUCUUAUGAAUCGGGAAAACCAAUAUUUGGAUCGCUAGCAAUGAAUUCUGUCAGUAGAAAUGUCAUUUGCUGCUUGGUGGAUGGGGAUGUACUCGCACUCGAUUCAGGAGGUCAUGUCAUUUGGAAGGUUACUGUUGGAGGUCCAAUCUUCGCAGGAGCUUGUAUGUCAUCUGCUCUUCCUUCUCAGGUAUUAAUAUGUUCCCGAAAUGGUAGUGUGUAUUCCCUUGAUGCGGAAGGAGGAGAUAUCCUAUGGGAAUAUCAAAUUGGGGAUCCGAUCACUGCCUCUGCUUAUGUUGACGAGCAUUCUUUUAUCGAAACUGAUCCUUCUGAUCCAUGUGACAGGUUGGCUAGCAUCUGUAGCUCUUCUGGAAGGAUUCAUGUGCUUAGGAUCAACCCGAAUGCUAAGCAAGAGAGAGCUCAACAUGGAGAAGUUCCUCAGAACCGAAUGGUUCAAGCAUUUGCAGUCACAGACCUCGAUGGGGAUAUUUUCUCUUCACCCGUAAUGAUCGGUGGUCGCAUCUUUGUGGGAUGCAGGGACGAUUAUGUGCAUUGUAUUAAUGUUGUUACUUUAUAAAAAAAAUGUGUGAAUCCUUGGCUUCGUGGAAAAUGUAGUUUCAAUAGCAUAGUUUUCAGUCUACUGGGUACUGUGGUUCUCAACAGUUAUGGUGUUGAGAAUCUCCUGGAGGUGAGGAGCGGAGACGUAGGUUGUGGGUUGACCGAACUCCGUGAUGAUUUGCUUUGUGUUUGUGUUUA